CACUCUUGCAGAAUUGUGGAACAUGGAUUAGUACAAGAGGAGUCUGAUGCCACGUGGAACAGGAGACCCCUUGAAUAAGGAAUUGUGGUGUUGUCAUCAGUCAUCAUAAUCUUUUUGGCUGAUUUCUGAGCUAGGACUGAGCACCAUCAAUUCCAAAUAGUUGGAAAUCAAAGACCGUCCAUUAUGGGGUGCUCUCAUCGGCAGAUAGGCAGUGAUUGGCCCAUCUUAUGUCAUACAUAAGCAAACAUCCUAACCUUCCUUUUUUAUGCGGAACUACAAAGUUGACUUUACCUGGUUAAUUUUGCCUUAUAUACACCACCACUUGGCCUUGUUGCUAGAGGGGAUAUUAUAUUAUCUCUUCUUCCUCUGUUCACUUUGUUGUUGGCAGUAUAAAUACUGUGUUUCUGUUAAUUAGCUUGCCUUGUCCGUUGAAAGGGAGAGGAAAAUGAGCAACAUAAGCUUUGUGGAGGCAAAGUUGCCACCAGGGUUCAGGUUUCAUCCAAGAGAUGAAGAACUUGUAUGCGAUUACUUGAUGAACAAGGCUUCUCAGUGCUGUGAUUCCCUUCUUAUGAUAGAAGUUGACCUCAACAAGUGUGAGCCUUGGGAUAUCCCUGAAGCGGCACGCGUAGGUGGCAAGGAAUGGUAUUUUUAUAGCCAAAGGGAUCGCAAGUAUGCAACUGGAUUGAGAACUAAUCGUGCAACAGCUUCUGGAUAUUGGAAAGCCACAGGGAAGGACAGGCAUGUCCUUCGCAAGGGCACUCUUGUUGGCAUGAGAAAGACCUUGGUGUUCUACCAAGGUAGGGCACCCAAAGGGAAAAGAACUGACUGGGUCAUGCAUGAGUUUCGCCUUGAAGGACCUCUUGGUCCCCCGAAAAUUUCUUCAGAUAAGGAAGACUGGGUUUUAUGCCGAGUGUUCUAUAAAAGUAACAGAGAAGUUGUGGCCAAACCUAGCAUGGGAAGCUGCAAUGAUGACACAGGUUCUUCAUCUUUGCCUGCAUUAUUGGAUUCAUACAUCACUUAUGAGCAAACUCAACCCAAUUUAGAUGAGCACGAGCAAGUGCCCUGCUUCUCCAUUUUCUCACAAAACCAAACCAGCCAAAAUCUCCUGGCUCCGUACACCACCCAGAUGGAAGCCCCGAACGCACCCGCUAAGUGUACGAGCCCAUUUGGAAAAGUACCUAUGGAUAUUACCACUCCUUUAGACUCUUUUUCUUGUGACACAAAGGUACUAAAAGCUGUUUUGAAUAACCUUACCAAGAUGGAAAGCUAUGGCAACCUUAAAGGCUCACCAAGCUUAGGAGAAGGUAGUUCAGAGAGCUACAUAUCUGAAGUGGGCAUGUCCAGCUUAUGGAAUCAUUAUUGAUUUUUAGGUCUUAAAUAUAGGAUUUAAUUAGCGAAGUUCUUCUUCUCUCACUGUCGAAAAAGAGGUAAAAAAAACUAAGAAAGAAAGAAACUUCAACACCCUUGCAAGACCAUAUCUGUUGCAAAGCAAUUUCUAGUGAUCAGUAAGUCACUUGUCUUCCCACAUUAUAUAUGUUUUCAUUUCUUGUAUUGGAAGGCAUUUUACUUGCGAGAUGUGAUCAGUACAUUUUCUCUGCAAUAUUCCAUUCCAUUUUCUA